CUCUUCCGUAAGUCUAGUCUCGAGUGUCGGAGUUUUCAUAUCUAUUUUUUGUCCAUUCAGAAUAUAAGACGCCCAUCAUCAGAAGACAUGGCAGUAGAUAACAAUGCAGCGUGCACUAAAGUUGUCAUUAUUCCUUUUCGCAAUUGUCUUAGUUAAUAGUUCACCAGCUGCAGACGUCCCCGGAGACUGGUGGAGAGAUACCUUCAUCUACCAGAUUUACCCGAGAAGUUUCAAGGACAGCAAUGGUGACGGCAUUGGAGAUCUGAAUGGCAUAACCGAUAAAUUAGAGCACCUAGCUGAUAUCGGUGUAAGUACCGUAUGGUUGUCGCCCAUUUUCGUGAGUCCCAUGGUGGAUUUUGGGUACGACAUUGCGAAUUUCACGGACAUCGACCCGAUAUUCGGGAACCUGAAGGAUUUUGAGCGUCUCACAGCGAAGGCCAAGUCUCUCAGGCUGAAGGUAGUUUUGGAUUUUGUGCCAAAUCACAGCUCGGACAAGCAUCCAUGGUUUCGGAAGAGCAUCCAGAGGAUCAAACCAUACGAUGAAUAUUAUGUUUGGAGUGAUGGUAAGCUGGUGAAUGGUACCAGACAGCCACCCAACAACUGGAUGAGUGGUUUCCAAGGUUCCGCUUGGGAAUGGAAUGUCGAGAGAGGCCAGUACUAUCUCCAUCAAUUCGCAAUCGGUCAACCCGAUCUCAAUUACCGGAGUGCCGCCCUCAUGAAGGAAAUGGCAGACGUCCUGACAUUUUGGAUCGACCGCGGCGUUGAUGGUUUUCGAAUCGACGCUGUAGCUCUCCUCUUCGAAGACGCACAACUUCGGGAUGAACCGGUGAUCCCGAACACAGGGUUACCCCCCACGGACUCCGGUAAUCUCGAGCACAUUUACACUCGGGACUUGCCGGAAGUUUACGGAGUUCUCAAAUCAUGGAGGCAGUCGGUGGACAAUCUAGGAGGUGGCAAGAAGAUCUUGCUGACCGAAGCCUACACAACGAUUCCUCUCACGAUGAAGUAUUACGAAGCCGGAGGACUUCCGAUGAAUUUCAUGUUUAUUUCAAAUUUGACUGGCUCAUCGAAAAACACGGAUUUCAAGAAGAGCAUCGAUCUCUGGUUAAAUAAUAUGCCUCAUGGUGAUUACGUCGCCAAUUGGGUCGUUGGAAAUCACGAUAAUCACCGCGCAGCGUCGAGAUUCGGAGUAAAUAGAGCUGAUCAGCUCUCUAUGCUUGCUGCGGUUUUGCCAGGAGUCGGAAUCAUUUACAACGGCGAUGAAAUUGGUAUGGAGGAUACUCCAGUGACGUGGAAUCAAACAGUAGAUCCAGCUGGAUGCAACGCCGGUCCGGAUAAGUAUUCUCAAUAUUCCCGGGACCCGGAACGGACACCGUAUCAGUGGGAUGAUACCAUCAGCGCUGGAUUCUCUACGAGCAACAGAACUUGGCUUCCCAUCAAUCCAAAUUACAAAUCUUUAAAUCUACGUAGACAGAAAAUGACGGGAACAUCGCACUACGCCGUCUUCAAGAAAUUGGUUGCCCUGAAGAAGCUAUCGGUAAUUAAGAAUGGCACGACUCAAAUCAUCUUGAUGGAGAAUAAUACAUUUGGAGUUGUGAGACGACUGCCAGACGUCUCGCCGGUGAUUUUGCUAAUCAAUUUUUCGGACGUUAGUGUCGGUGUUGAUGCGAGCACUUGGUUGAAUGCACCUGAGGAGAUGACUGUGUACGUGACAAGCGUCGGUGUGACAAUCCCGAUCGGGACGAGGUUAAAUAUUACAGUCCUCAGGAUACCACCGGCCGGAUCCCUCAUUUUGGUCUGACAGGCAUCAAAUCACCGGCACUCAGUGCACUCCCGUUUGAAACGCUCAAUUCAGAAACUGAUUUAAAUGGAAUUUUACAGAAAAACGAUAAAUUAGCAAUUCGGAUAAAGUACGAUUGAUCCAAUUAAUUUAAUUACAUAAUAAUUAAAUUACGUACCAGUCAAUCCAUUUUGUUAUCUA